AUGCAGACGUACCUUCUUUCCCAGCAAUUUAACGCUAGGUCUUCGGCAGAAAACUCCACGUCUUGUCCAGCAAAUGCUACUAUUUGCAAUGGCACAUCUUGUGUGUUACCGGAAGAUGAUUUUAAUGAAACUUUGAGCGUAGUUUUAAGUACUGUUCUAACAAUCAUGCUAGCACUGGUGAUGUUCUCCAUGGGUUGCAAUGUGGAACUCGAGAAAUUCUGGGGCCACAUAAAAAGACCCUGGGGUAUUUUUGUAGGUUUCCUUUGCCAGUUUGGAAUUAUGCCUCUCACAGCCUUCUUGCUAUCCCUGAUCUUUAGCGUGCUUCCUAUUCAAGCUGUUGUGGUGCUGAUCAUGGGAUGCUGUCCAGGGGGCACAGCCUCCAAUAUCAUCGCCUACUGGGUGGACGGAGACAUGGACCUAAGCAUCAGCAUGACAACUUGCUCUACACUGUUUGCAAUGGGGAUGAUGCCUCUUUGCCUCUUCAUUUACACCAAGAUGUGGACUGAUUCUAAUGCAAUUGUACUGCCCUACAAAAGCAUUGGACUUUCAUUGGUAGCUCUUGUAAUUCCUGUUUCAUUCGGAAUGUAUGUUAACCACAGAUGGCCUAGUAAAGCAAAAAUCAUACUUAAGGUUGGUUCCAUUGUGGGAGCAGUCCUCAUCGUGAUCGUUGCUGUGGUUGGGGGAAUACUCUACAGAGGCUCCUGGAUUAUCUCACCCAAGUUAUGGAUCAUUGGCACCAUAUUUCCAGCAGCUGGCUAUACUCUGGGAUUCUUUUUGGCCCGCAUAGCUGGUCUGUCUUGGCAGAGAUGUCGUACAGUGUCUCUGGAAACAGGCAUGCAAAACACUCAGCUAUGUUCAACUAUAGUACAGCUCUCCUUCACCUCUGAACAACUUGAACUGAUGUUUACUUUCCCACUCAUCUACAGCAUUUUCCAGAUACUGUUUGCACUACUAUUUUUAGCAGGCUACCGUGUUUACAGAAGGCACCAGGUCAAGACAAAGAUGGAUGUUGAGAAAACAGAGGAAAAAGAGGAUUCAAAAUCAACGUCAUCACAUGCUAAAAUAAAUGGAGGAUUUGUAUCAAAUGAGACCACUGAGACAAUUACUGCUGUUCCCAUCAGCUGA